UAAAGUGCAGGUGCAGCAAAUGCUUAUCUGCGUUUAUCACAUGUUUAUUGCACCAAAAAAUAAGUAAUACAAAAAUAAAAUAAUGCCACCCAAAAAAGCUGCAGGUACGACAUCUGUUGUUGACGAAUCAGCUACAAGAAAAGAAGAAAAAUCAACAGAAAACAAAUCGUCAGCAGAGCCCAAAGUCUCUACACACCCUCCAACCCUUGAGAUGGUAACCGAAGCCCUUAAGGAGCUGGACACCCGAAAGGGCACGUCAGUCCCUGCUAUUCGUAGUUACAUACUGGCAAAGUACCCCACUGUGGACCCUGCCAGGCUCAAACCCCUGCUGCGGAACGCACUUACCAAAGGAAUCGACAAUGGAACCUUGGCCAGGCCUGUGAACUCCAUAGCUACUGGAGCAACUGGGAGGUUUAAGCUUGUUGUCAAGAAGGUGAUUAAGAAAAACAAGGAAGCCAAGGCCGAGGAAAACGCAGACCCAAAUGUUCAGGAAGCUCCCAAGACUGAUAAGGUAGCCCCAAAGAAAACCAAACCAAAAGCUGCAAAAAUCAAGGAUGCAGACUCUAAGGAAGAGAAGACGGAACCUGCUGUGAAGAAGGCCAAAGAGAAGAAUUCAGGGGGCUUGGUAAAAGAAACCAAAGAGACUAAACCCAAAGCAAAGAAGGAGAAAGCCCUACCAAAGGAGACUGCUUCCAAGGUGCCGCCUGCCAAGAAGCCCAAGGCAGGGAAGAAGGAACAGAGUCCUGCUGAAGAAGCUGGUCCCAAACCCAAGAAAGAGCGGGCUACCAAGCCCAAGGCAGCUGUGAAGGAGGAGAGUGCGGAUGAAGGGAAGGGGGACAGUGGAGAGGAGGUGCCGGCAACACUACCAAAAAAUACAAACAAGCGUGCAAAGAAAGGAAAAGUAGCCGAAUAGUUCACUUGAAGAUGUUUAUAUUAUGAUUGUUUAUUGUGCAGUCAUAUUUAUGGUAUUUCAAUAAAGCUUUGUAUUAAUUUAGGUGUUUUAUUAAUUGUGUUUUUAUGCUCCAUUCCCAUCUGCAAAAUUGCAACUUUUAGAAACCAUGCACUAAUACUUUAACACUAAGAUGUGCAGUUAUCUCUGAUACUUGUCUAAGUGUGAACCAGCUUUGGGCAGCAUCCUGUAAGGAAGUGUGUUUUUGCAAGCAGUGAUUGGGCUGGCAUUCUCCAGUUACAAUAGGACUUCCUAUGGGUCUACUUUCCUGCAUUCACAAAUGGAAUAGCUGUGGGGAGGACUAUUUUCUCCGCUCCAAUUUUCACUUUGUUUACGAAUGUAAUGUUUGUCUUUUCCCCCACCCUCCCUUAAUAAAUCUUUUGUAUUGCAAAUGAUGGGAGUCAUGUACUGCAGUUUCUAUU